UCCGGGAGCAGCAGAGCCCGCGCGUGGGGACUGAGCUGUGCCGCCUGAAGUCUUCUUGCCGCUCGCCAUGGCUGGCCCGCAGCAACAGCCCCCUUACCUGCACUUGGCUGAGCUGACAGCAAGCCAGUUCCUGGAAAUCUGGAAGCACUUUGAUGCAGACGGAAAUGGCUAUAUUGAAGGUAAAGAGCUAGAAAACUUUUUCCAAGAGCUGGAGAAAGCAAGAAAAGGCUCUGGCAUGAUGUCAAAGAGUGACAACUUCGGGGAGAAGAUGAAGGAGUUCAUGCAGAAGUACGACAAGAACUCAGAUGGGAAAAUUGAGAUGGCAGAGCUGGCACAGAUCCUGCCAACCGAGGAGAACUUCCUCCUGUGCUUCCGGCAGCACGUGGGCUCCAGCACCGAGUUCAUGGAGGCUUGGCGGAAGUAUGACACAGACAGAAGUGGCUACAUCGAAGCCAAUGAGCUCAAGGGGUUCCUGUCUGACCUGCUGAAGAAGGCAAACCGGCCACAUGAUGAACCCAAGCUCCAAGAGUACACCCAAACCAUCCUACGGAUGUUUGACUUGAACGGAGAUGGCAAACUGGGCCUCUCAGAGAUGUCCCGACUCUUGCCUGUACAGGAAAACUUCCUGCUUAAAUUUCAGGGCAUGAAGCUGACCUCAGAGGAGUUCAAUGCCAUCUUCACAUUCUACGACAAGGAUGGAAGUGGCUACAUUGAUGAGAAUGAGCUGGAUGCCCUCCUGAAGGACCUGUAUGAGAAAAACAAGAAGGAAAUGAAUAUCCAACAACUCACCAACUACAGAAAGAGCGUCAUGUCCUUGGCUGAGGCGGGGAAGCUCUACCGCAAGGAUCUGGAGAUCGUCCUCUGCAGCGAGCCCCCUGUGUAAAGCAGAGGCAUCAGGGCUGCCUCUCCACCACCACCCCCCAGACCCCAGUCUUGCUAUCAUGCCACUUCUACCUGGACCUGGAGAUCACAAGCCCCCUCCUCCCGCCCCUGCCACCUGCACACAGCAGCCUGCAGAGCACAGGAGAGAUGAAGGAUGGCCAACCCCCAGAGCCUCCUGCAGUCCCCUACCCCAAGGGGCACACAGUUCUGCCUAGGGGUUAGUGGGGGUUGCCAAAGCUUGGAAGGUGGGCAGGGGCACGGGUUGGUGGAGGAGUCCCUGAUUCUCUUCGCUGUGACGAUGCAUGAGCUCGUUCGCUAUAUGAUUUAUGCUUCUGUGUCCUACGGAGUGGACUCUUUCCUCUCGCUCCCCUUGACCUCUCUCCCAGGUCACCGCCUCCCCCAAAAUUCCAAGUCCCACCCUGCUAACUUGUGUAGUUGUCUUCGCAGACUUCCUGUUAGUGGAGGGCGCCUGCCCUGUGCGUGUCUUGGAGACUCGGCGCGCUCCUUCCUUUUCUCCGUGGGUUUCUUGUCUUCUUGUUUACCAAAGAAGGGUUUACCGACAAUAAAAUGGAAAUGUCCCGCUGUGAAACUCAA